CUUGCCCCCUCAUCCCCAGUUCCAUAAAUCAUCCAAAGUUCCAAACUUUAGUUAGAAUGCAACACAAUCCUAAAUAAACACCAUCACCAUGUUUAACCUCUAAGAGUUGCUGAGGAUCCAAAAUGGUGGGAUGCCAUCUUUUAAGCUCUGAACAGUGAACUUUCUUGUAGCAAUGAAGUGUGCUCCCUUGACUGUGUUUCAUUUGCUCUUCUUCAUCUUCCCCCUAGCAUUCUCUGUUCACUUUAUUUCAGCUUUAUCUCCAAGUGGGUCCAUCAAACAUCCCAUAAAGUUUAUCCUAGGGGAAGAGAAUUUGGGUCCGUGGAAGAAUGAAGUUGAACAAGUAGCUCCAGAACCAUGUCCCGAGACUAAGGGUACUCUUGUCCUAGCAGCAAACAGAACCAACAGGCCUGACAUUCUACGCAGAUUUCGAUGUUACCAAGGUGGCUGGGACAUUGCAAAUCGACAUUAUUGGGCCUCAGUUGCAUUCACUGGUGUGGCUGGUUUCACACUCGCUGUACUAUGGUUUAUUUCAUUUGGCUUGGCUCUAGUGAUUCAUCUAUGCUGUGGAUGGGGAAUUACAAUCAAGGAUGAAGGUUCAAAUCAUUUGCAAAGAAUCUGGCUUGUGUUGCUGUUGUUAUUCACCUGUGUUGUAGCGAGUGGAUGUAUUGUUCUCUCUUUUGGGCAGGAAAAAUUCAAUGGUGAGGCAAUUGGUACUCUCCAUUACGUUGUGAAUCAGUCAAACUACACAGUGCACACUCUGAGAAAUGUUACAGAGUAUCUGUCUCUUGCCAAAUCUAUCAAAGUGGCAGAGAUGUUUCUUCCAUCUGAUAUCAUGGAUGAUAUUGACAAUUUGAAUGUGGAUCUAAAUACAGCAGCAGAUACACUUUCCAACCACACAAAUGAAAAUUCUGUUAAAAUACGAAAAGUAUUUAAUGCUGUGCGUCUUGCUUUGAUUAUAAUGGCAGCAAUGAUGCUACUACUGGCUCUAAUUGGGUUAUUCCUUUCUAUCCUUGGAUAUCAACAUGCUAUCCUGGUAUUUGUUAUCAGUGGAUGGUUAUUGGUUGCAACCACAUUCAUUCUUUGUGGAGUGUUCUCAAUCCUUAACAAUGCAAUCUGUGACACCUGCAUGGCCAUGGAAGAAUGGGUGGAGAAUCCACAUGCAGAAUCUGCUCUUAGCAACAUCCUUCCAUGUGUAGAUCAGAGAACCACAAACAAGACCCUUUUCCAGAGUAAACAAGUGGUUACCAAUAUUGUUAGUAUUGUGAAUCGGUUCAUCUAUGACACUGCAGAUGCAAGUCCAUCACAAGGUAGUAUGAACUAUUACAACCAAUCUGGACCUGCAAUGCCACCUUUGUGCUACCCCUUUGACUCUUUGUUUCGAAAACGCCAGUGUACGGCUCAAGAAGUUCCCUCCGCCAAAGCUUCAUUGGUUUGGAAGAGGUAUGAGUGUAAGAUAUCUGAAUCUGGUGUUUGCUCAAGUAUUGGCAGGGUGACACCAGAGAUAUACUCGGAGUUAGUGGCAGUAGUUAACGAAAGUUAUGCACUGGAACAUUAUACUCCAAUUUUACUUAGCCUUCAGAAUUGCAAUUUUGUGAGGGACACAUUCAAAGAAAUUACUUCACGUUACUGUCCUCCAUUGAACUAUUAUCUUAAGCUUAUCAAUGUAGGAUUGGGCCUGAUUUCAAUUGGUGUCUUGCUUUGUCUUGUUCUGUGGAUACUUUAUGCAAACCGCCCCCAAAGGGAGGAAGCGUUUGUUUGGCUCAACAUAGCCAUAAAACUAAAGAACAAAUUAAGCAAGAACCCCAACAGAAAUUUGUCUUUGUCAAUCGCAGUGAGUGAAGUAUAGUUGUUGUACAAUACAUAAUAAAUAAUUGGAAAAAGUAAAAUGUGGUGUAUAACUAAAAACAAGGUGAAGCGAAGCUACAUCUUUAGUUGGAAUAGAAUAUAGUGGGAAUUAUUGUACUGUACAAAAUUAUUAUUGAGGAAAGGAGGAAUUCAAAUUGUGUUUAUUGAGUAA